AUGUGCGGAUUCUGUCUGCUGACUGUUUGGGUCACUACGGUACCUCCUUUUUACCGCGACAGAACUCUUUCUGUUCUUAAUACCACACAUAAUGUGUAUGGAUGCCUAAGGUUUUAUUUGUCUCUCCCUUUUCGUCCGCGUUUGCUAAGAUCUCUACCUUAUCUUUUAGAUCCUUGGCCUGAUCUACCUGGUAGGAUGCAUUAAGUAUGUUUUUAAAAUCCUUAAACCUUUCUGGAGGUAGCUGCCUUAAGGAUAGGUGUUUGCUCUCGGCUUCGUCAUCUCGAGCUUUCAGAGGGCUUCUGUUUCUGAUCUUUGGAGAGCCAGUUUGGUGAGUCGCUUGAAACACUUGCCAACAACCUCUUUGGUAGUGCUAGUCGUAAUUCUUUCGAAUUGAUUGUAUUGUACCUGGUGGUGAUUGGCUUAACAACUGGGGGUGAGGCGAAAGGGUUCGAAAGUUUUAGCUGAAAUGAUGUUUUCAUCACAAGAUUUGCGAGUCUCUGCCAAUUGUACUUUUUGCAGUUAACAGGUUUGCCUUAUUUAGUUCUAAUACUCACUUAAGAAAAAUGGUACUUAGGAUGCCGUGACCGGCGUCCGCUAUUGUAGGCUCGACAGUCCCUUAGGUUGGCUAACUAAGCACUGACUAGGAUCUUGUCAAGUUGAGCAGGAAAGCCCAGUGGGGAAAUGUGCACUGCCCAGACCUGGGGUGAGGAAACUGGGAUUGAACUUGUCGAAGGUUAGUUCAAGGCAAAAGCAAAGAAGCCAGAGUCUCUCGCCUGUUUUGUUAGUGGUGUCAUGUAGAAGUUAGGGAGUGGCUUCUCUUGGAGCUUCUUGAUAAAUGUCUUGGCCUAUGCUAGUCUAGCGUUGAGAUCUCCGAUAACGAGAUAAACAUUAUGACGCUUGAUGUUGUCAGAUAUAUGGGUGAUGAUGCGGUCUAAGAUGUAACUUUUACCGGUGAUGCUUUUGACUAAGCCUUUUUGAAACAAGGAAGCUAGCCUGAGUAUCAGGCCUUCUUAAAGGACUAGGGGAGAGGAGAUUUUAGAUGGGGGAGUGGGGAGGGGGGAGAAGCUCUCCCCAUUUUUGCUUCCAUCUUUCCUCUUUUCCCCCAGAAACGCCUGAUACUCAGGCUACAAGGAAGCCCAAACCUCCUUGUCGAAAUCUGGAAGCAGAAUUUUGAAUGAACAACAAGUUCUUGUUGCCAGACCACAGUUCCUUUAUCGGAGUGGAUGACAUAAGGCGUUGUUCUUGCACAUCAGUGAUGUCAAGGCCGGAUUUAGGCUACCGAAGUAGGAUUGGUAUAAGCUCCUGACAGUGUAGGUUGAGAUGAUAAUUGGUUGGGGAAGCGAGAUUCGAUCUUUAUCAGUCCCAGCGGGCCUCUUGGUUUCCUCUUGUAGUUACGAGAACGACUUCCCUUGGCUGAGUUAUCGUUUGGAUUUCUUACAGUUUUCGGAAUCCAAAACGUUGCAGGCUGUUCUGCUUUGCUCCCUAACUUCGAUUAGUCCUUAUGCUGUUUACGGGGUUGAGGGUAUUAUUGAAACCAUAUUUGGUGUAUGGUGCCUGCAAAGAGUGCUGAAACAGCCUGUUCAGACGUCAACUACCAGAUACGGUAAGUGGUAUGGGUAACAAUGUUUUUCAAAUGCCACAAAAUGAGUUAAAGUACGACUUUUCCUGUCAAAAGCCUGCUUAUUUUCCUCGAAUUAAUUUUUGAAUUCUUGAUAAACACGGCUCCACCAGCUUCAAAGAGCGUCUACCGGCAGAAUUUCGUGAGGGAAAACGUUGAACAUAAUAAUUUAACGCGGUUGUUGAGCACUUGGUGACGUUGCGCAGUAAUCUAGGGGAUGACUUUACGCUCUGUAGGUCAGGGAUUCGACUGCCAGUCGAGGAAGUUUUUUUUUUCCUUUUUUGGCCGGUUUGUUUUUGCUAUAUUCAUUUUUAAUCUAUUGGCUGGUUUCAAUUUAUUCUUAUUUCUGCCCCGUCACUGCUUCGCGAGGUGUUGCAUAAACGUAUUUCUAGUUAUUGAAGACUAUUUUAAGCAUUGAAACUGUUUCCCGCCAUUUGCUGUACCGAUGGCAAGAAUGAACAUGGAUUGAAACUUGAAAAAUUUGGGCCAACUGUAAAACUUGUUUUUCAGGGACAAUUUUUAAUGCAAUGUUUUGCAAAAAUCACCAAAAAAGUAUUAUGGCUAGUGCUUUCUGAUAAAAUUUGCUUUAUAUCUUCUUCUUAACUCCAUAGAAACAUUUUCUGCACGGGUCAAGCCACUAGCACAGAAUAUACAUUAAACAACAAGCUUCCAUCGAAGGGAAACACUUUUGGUCUUGUCAACCAACAUGACCGUGGUGACGUCUGCUGCAAACCAGCAAAAGCUAGUAAAUAAGACCCCGUAAGAGAGUUCACUUGGGCUUAAAGCGACUGACAAAUAAUGAAAGGACUGAAAAAUGUGAGGGCCAGUGGUUUGGUCGCAACUCUCACUUUGGCUGGUACGAAGAUUUAUACAUGCGCAUUAACAACCAAUUCCAACUUUGACAGCAACCAUAUAACAGAAUCGCGCGAAUUCGAUUUCUCUACUUGGCGCUCCACCCAAGUAAAAAUGAGUUUCAUCGUCAACUUUUUUACAAUUGCAGAGACUGCUUAAUCUCUUAUCACAAUUUAUGUUUGCUGUAGUUACGGCAACCUCGGGCGCAAUACCUCAAACGGAAGCAAACUCGAUAAUAACAGUUACCAUCAUGACACCAAACUUCACAUACGAUGUUGGACAAAACGUCGUCCUUAAUUGCAAAGUUCGGACAACGAGCGAGCCUACUUUUGUACAGUGGACAAGACGUGACGGAGAAACAGUAACUGUUCUCGAAAAUAAAACGAUAAUUCCAUCAGCCACCAACGACUCAAGACUGAAACACAGUUUAUUCCGCCACACAAUCAAUAAAGUUUCCCUCGAUCAAACAGGAACAUACGUUUGUCAAGCUGAAAUCUUAAAUUCCUCACAUUUCGCGAAGGAUUUCUACCACUUAGCCGUCAGAGGUAAUUUUUAACGUAAUUAAAAUUAUUAUCACUAUUAUUCAUUGUUAUCAUUACUAUUAUUAUUUUCUUAAUCUUUAAAUUCAAUCUAUGUGAUUUUGGAUAAAGGAGAAGAAUAAAAAUCGAUACCAUCUUGAAAAUUAUCAUCUCCAAGUAAAGAAAUAAAACUAUAUUGCGUUAAUGAAUAUCAUGUUAUAUGCUGGGCUCAUACGUUUACCCUCUUACCUGUUAGAGGAUUUACAUUUGAUAUACGCCAUAGGAUAUUUUAUUGAUUUAUUUCUUUAUUUUUGAAAAUACCGAUAUUUUCGGAACAUGCUGAUAGACACCUGCAUCCUUGGUCACUUAACGUUAAGCGAAGAUAAGGGUUUAUCAUAGACAGCAUAGGAGAUAAUGAAAGUGUAACUAACCCUUUUUGCUCUUUUCGUUUGCACAAUUAGUAGAACCCUUAAAGCAAACACUAUACAUCCCAAGCGGCAACAACACACCAUUAGUGGUGUCUGUGAGUGUUUUGUCAGCCCUUUUAUGCCUGAUUACUGGAACCUGCUUGGUUUAUCAUAUAAGGCGAUUUGCAGGUAUGUAGCUUAUGCCACUGAUUAUUACCCUGCAUAUCACGGAUAGCUUCAUGGACAAGUCUCUUAGUUCCAAAGAUACCAUACAAAACUCUAGAGAGAGAGAGAGAGAGAGAGAGAGAGAGAGAGAGUACUUCUAUAAUGCAGACACCUCAGUCCUUAAUGUGGACGCCUAGCCUUGUCUCUUAAUUUGGUAUCGGUAUUAGAGAGGCCCUACCGUACAUGGGUAACUACGCACUUGAGAUAAGUUAUAAGUAUUAUUGCACUGGAUUAUUAAGUAUUACAUACAUGAUUUAUCAGGCGAGUAGAUGGAUUUAUUCUUUUCAAGAAAUUCAAUUAAUUGUUUAAGUGUGAAUCUUUGAUUUGUUUCCCAGCACAAAGAAAUGAACUUUUGCAAAGAAAUGAAAUAAAUCUUGAAAGGUAUACCCUUCUUUUGUGACGUAAUUAGUCGAUAUUAUCUCUUACUCUUUUCAUCUUCUUUCCUCUAAUCACCACUAGCAUCAUAUAGCAUGGUUCAGUCAUCAUCAUCAUCAUCAUCAUCAUCACCGUCAUCGUCAUUUUCAUCGUCAUCGUCAUCGUUAUCGUAUCAUCAUCAUCAUCAUCAUCGCUUCAUUUUCUUUAAACUCACACUGAGCCGAAAUAAAAAUAUUAUCCACCAGGCCUAUCAUGUUCUUGACAAAGCCGUAAACGGUGGCGAUGAACUGAGUCACUUACAACCGCGCAGAAGCAUCUUUUUUGUGCAGCCGGCAUUGCUUGUGAUGAUCCGAGCUCUUAACUGGAUUUAUAUUAAUUAGUAAUUAGAAACUGCUCGGAUUCGGGGUAAAUUAUUGCAAAAACCGGUUGACACUGACCUGAACAACGACUUUCCACUUGACGUGAGUUGGUUGAUUGUCACCUUCACAUCGGAUGAUUGUCCGUAUUCCGGAUUCCUGGAAAUUUUUGCUUUUGGAAUUCGGAAAUCCUGGGCUUUGGAAUCAGGAACACAGCUGAAGGAAUCCGGAAUCCCACUAACGACUGGAAUUCAGAAUCCAAGUUCCUUUGUCAAAGAUCUGUAAUCCAUUAAAUGGAAUCUGAAAUCCUCGGCGUGGAAUCCAGAAUCCAAGACAGUCUUGGAUUCCCUUACAUGGAGCGAGUCAAGAUCCACAUACAUAUUCUUCAGACUGAUCUCCAUACAUUUCUUUUAAGAAUAGUUGAGAGAAUUUCGUUUAAGAUCAAUGCGUUCUCCCUUUGGUAAUCAAUUUAGUAAUUCUCAUAACCUUUACUCUUGAUGAUCUGCUGAAGUUGUUAGGAGAAAAUUGAUGUUGGUCACUCUUGGGACCUAGAGGGUUAAAGAACAAAGCGUAAUGGGGAAUCUUUUAAGAUGCUCAAAGAGUUCAAAGCCCCAUAGGGUCCCUCCAACCUGUGCGUUCAUACAGGUUCAACUUUUUAACUCCAAUAUAUAAGGUUAAUGAUGUAGGUGGCUUGAUUUUUUAAUUGAAAUUUUGUGUUCUUCAGUGAAGAGCUGUGUGCCUUGGAUACCACCAGCUGUCUUUCAGUCUCUGCUUGGGAAGUGGCGCCAAAACAAGUCGAAUUACAACAUACUCUGGGAAGCGGUUCGUUCGGUGAAGUAUGGAAAGCUGUUGUCAGUGGAUUAAAAGGGUCUUCUGGCGAGACAACAGUCGCAGUUAAGAAGUUGAAAGGUAAGAGCUUCCAGGAAAUAAUUUUAAUUUUCAAAGUUUCACUUUUGAAGGUGCAGUCAAGCCCUUUAAGGACGCACUGACCAAAGAAACAGAGCUAAGAGUCCACUAAUAACAGAUGUAUCCGAAUAAUGUAUCGGUCAAAUCGAAGCUUCAACAUUCCCCCCCGGGCAAACCCCGGGCAUUUGACACCUUUGCCGUCCCGGGGAGGAGGGAAUUUGAUUAUCAGAGUCUUCCAGGGGGUGGGGAAUUUGAUCCCCAUGCUUUAGGGGUGGGGAAUUUGAACUGCACCCUCGAUUUCAUGUAAAAUCUUUGGCGCGGCGAGCUAUCAUGGGGGACGCGGUGUUAGAGGAUUUUCGUGGAAAAGAUUGUGCCUUUGUGGCCAAUAGGUUGCGAGGAAAGGGCUUAAACAAGCUUUGUGCCCUAUUUGAAGUAUUUGAAUUUUAAAAUUUUUAAUAUUGGAUUCAGGCUUUGAAUGUAUGAAUGUAUUUUAUUGUUGUGUUUACAAUGAAAUACAAUACCUAUAUCGUCGAUUCAAUCAGCAACAACAUAAAUAAAAUAAGAUAAAAAGCUCAGGUCAUCUACUUUGACCUACUGCAACUACACGGAACGAUGAUGCAUGUCAGUGAAAUGGUCAUGAUGUAGUAAUCUCAAUAGGUGGGAUCUUUUUUAUAGAACGCUUUGUAUGUUGCAUGACGAAGAAAAGCUGAGCAUUCAGUGAUCUUGUAGCACCGAUUUCCGCCGUUUUGCACGAGACUUUUGUUCGUAGUAAAUACGCUAACAGUGUUUCUCCGUUUAUGUUAUAUUUAUAAAUAUUGUGUUCGACAACUGAAGGUGUUUCCGCCGUCCUUCUGUCAUUUUUGUGCCUGUGAAAUGUCCCCGGGGUGGGGGCAUUUGUUCACCUGAAUGGACCCUGGUGUGGGGCAUUUGAACGGCAUUUUGGCCCGGGUAGGGGGGAAUUUGAACGAUAAUUUUCAAAAAAGUCAAAUACCCGAGGGGUUGCCCGGAGGGGGGGGGGCAUGUUGAAGCUUCGAUUUGACCGAUACAUUAUGGAGGCAGGAGUUGACCUUUUGAAAUGUCUGUGAUAGAGCGGUUUUUGUCACUGUUUGAGUGUAACGACGAGAGGGCCAGAUAAAGCAAAGACAUACGAUAAAGGGCGGAAAAUACAUAAUGGUAGAUCGAAACUGAAAACUAUCAAUGUUAAGAUUACGUGGUUAUAUGUAAGCAUGACAAUGCUGAUGAGGCAAAAUAAAUUUGAAUUAAAGCUUAUUGUCAUUAAAGAGCGAAAGUAACACGCAGUGUGAAACAAGUCAAACAACUGCUUUCAGAAUUGUGCAUCACUAAAACGUACGAGGUCAAAGACAGAAUCACACUGAACAUAAACCCUCUUUAAUCUCCUUUUAUAACAGCGCCUUUUACCUUUAACAUGACAUCGAGGCUGAAUAAAAACGGCUAAAUACCAGCUUAGGGGGUUUGAAUGUAUUCUGAAACCUUGCAGUGAACUGUUCAGACUUGGAAAAGGAGUCACUUGCACAGGAAAUUGAGCUGGGCAAAACUUUAGAUGGGGACAGACAUCCAAAUAUCGUCAACUUCCUGGGAUGCGUGUCCACGUCAGGUAAGAUGUUUUACUUUCUUUGGCCCCACAAAAGCGUAACUCAGUAAUCCUAACACGGGGUCUUAUUGGAAAAAGUUAGAAAGCGAAGGUACCGGGAUCUCAUUUCGUGAAAAAGUCUUUUUAAUUAAUAUAUUUUCACCACAAAUUUCCUGGUUUUGACAAGUUUUAAUAGCGAUGAAGACUGGACUGGUUGAGUAACAUACAGUUAUCGUCAUGUUCUGAUUCAAUAGCGUAGAGGGCUGCUUAAACGUACCACGACAACCCUAAGGGCGUUAGUUUUAGAAUGAUUUUAGCCUCCUGACAGGGGCAUUCAACGACUGCUUUCUGUUAAAUAUCGAGGCCAAUAUUGCCUAGAAUUUUCUUUUGCUUGAAGACGCUUCUAAGAACUUCUAGAUUAACGUUCCAUUCAUUUGCAGUUUUCGAAGCUUAUCUAAUAAAUUCCGAACAAUUUUCUGACGCUCAUUUUUCAUCUUUUACAACCCAGCUUACACUAUUUUUCUUAGAAAACGAAACCUAAAAUUUUCGGAUUCUAAAAUGUGAUGGAGAGAGUAAUCAGAAAAAUUCUCAUCUAAAUUGCCCCUAAAAUGUUCGGCAAAUAAUACUGAAGCCCUUGCAAUUUCGAAAAGACUUAUUACUUGUAGUAAGUUGCCCUAGGAUGACCAAACGGAUAAAAAUGUUGUAGCACCGCUUAGAAUGCAUUUCUAGAGAUCCAAAAGUACUCUGGAUAGGCUAAAAAGUGUUACGUUUACAAUUUAUAUUGGAGGAAAGUAUCGUUGGGUUCCCUGUCCUGAGCGGUCACGAUCCUUAUCGUCAUGGGUCCUUUCCGCGCUCACUGAACCCUAUGCGGUACCUGUGUUUAUGGGGGAUUCCAUGCAAACUGUAACAAACUCUUACAACAUGUAAUUUGUCACUGUUAUAAGCAAUUAAUUCAUGGAGACGUAUAGAUAGUAUCACAUUUGCCUUUAUUUCUAUGCUUCCACUUAAGAGAAGGUGAAUUUUUCUCGUUAAAAUUUGUUUACAGCUCAUAUGAUGUUAAUCUUGGAAUAUGUACCAUACGGUGAUUUGCUAGGCUACUUAAGAAAAAGCCGAGGAAUGGAAGAUAAGUACUACAACUGCCCAGAGAGUUGGCAGGAGGAAGUGACGUCAUAUGAUUUGCUUUCUUUUGCACAGCAGAUUGCUUCCGGCAUGAGCUUUCUGGCGUCUAAAAAGGUUAAUGCCUCUCAGUCUGUGACAUAAACAAUGUCUCAUCUUUCUCAUAUAUAUUUACCAAGCUCGAUAUUUUCCAUGCCUUAUUAUCACUUUUCACAUCACAGGAAGCAUUAACGCAUUGCAGGAGGCAAGUCACAUGUUAAGGAAUCAGGCAAUAGAGGACGACCACGAGUACGAGAUUUUCUCCAUACUUAGUAGUGCUCGCGCGUGAACCAGCGGCAUUUUGGCGGGAAAACGCGAUAGUCUUCGUCACUCUGCUAUGAGUUUUAGCGAGAAUGUCGUGGUGGCAGAAACAAGUUAUUAAAUGUUAGAGGUUUUACCGUUUUGGGACCGGGAAAGCGCCUAACCUCUUUCAAAAAGGUAACCGUGUUAGUUUCUUUGAUAAAAAUAAAAGUACAAUGAAGCUUUCCGAGUGUUUAUGAUCUGAGAAUACGCGAAAAAACUUUAAGUCAAAUCUUGAACCCGUAGUCGUUCUCGUCCUCGAAUCUAAAAGGUCGCUAACAUGACGGCGACGGCAACGAGAACGCAACAGAUGCGAUAGUUGUAUUUCGUCUAGCUACAGGAAACGUUCUAAUGUUUAUGCCGAUUCUUUCUGAUAAUCGAGGCCUAUUAACUCUCUUAGCCCCAAGAUCCAAAUCUUGUUUUAGACCCUUUCAAUCUCUGUGUUAUGGAUAAUUCAGGAUUACUGCUUUUGCUCUGUCCUUUCGGUUUUUUUUAUCAAGAAGGUUUAACUAUAUAUCCGGUAAUGAUGAAAAGAAAGAUGGUGAUGAAGAUGCUGUUGAUGAUGAUGAUGAUAGUAACCGUUUUUCACACCAUUGCUAGAUCAUUCAUCGAGAUCUUGCCGCUCGCAAUGUUCUAGUAGGCGUGGGUAGGAUCUGCAAAAUCACCGACUUUGGACUGGCUCUCAUAAGAGACAAAUAUCAGUAUCUUUACUGUACAGCAAUACGAAAGGUAAUUAACGAAGUACCCCUGCGUACGAAAUUAUCUCUUUUAAGUUCUACGUCGGCCGUGCUGUCCUUCCCAAGGAUUUAUCUGAUAUUAAAAAUUCGCGGGAAAAUUGAGCAAACAAUAAACUGGUCUGUGUAAACACCGUUGCAUGAUAUGACCACAAGGGAGUUGCUGGCACCGGGUUAUGGGCUCCUGCAGUCGGCUCAUACAUGUUUCCAGCCUCAAGAAAGUGAUUUGGUUUGAGUCAUCAAGCAUUUGAAAGGGGGUUUUUAAAUCCCAGAUUUUAUUCCAGAUUUCCUAAGAAUUCCAUAAUAUUAAAAAAAUGACAACACACCCAGUAUUACAACUCCUUUUUCCUACCAGAGGUAGCCUGUUCAUCACAGACCCUCUAUUUUCUCUUUAGAGAUCGUCGAGCCCGUGAGAAAACAACGUCUGUGUACAGGCUGGACCAGAGGGGUCAAAGCUUACCGUAAAUUAGACCUUUAUGACACCAAACCAAUAAAGCUUAAUAACCGAAGCAUGCAGUCUCUAAAUAUGACAUACAUGACAAAGGACGGAAGUAAUAAGAACCUUACUUGCAAUAUCUUUGUAAGUUUUGUAUAGCAAUAUAUUGCCUGGGGGAGGGUACAUAUGGACUGCCCCAAAGGGUGGCGGGGAGUGGAGAUUUAUGUCUUGAGUCGUAAAAAUUGCUCAACGUCCUUUGGUUUCAAACGUGACAGGGCAGACUUCCAAUCAAAUGGACUGCUCCUGAACAUUUGUUUAAUGAUGCACAGGACAAGGACGUGAGAGUAUCAGAAAAAAGCGACGUGUAAGUUUGUAGCCUGUUCAAAAGCAUCUUUAAAACAAUAAUGCCAGUUGAAUUUUUCAAAGAUUGACAUUUUUUAGAACCCUAUAACCCUUCGUCAGGGUAGAAAAUGGUGAAGAAAAAAAAACCAACCAUGACAACAACAAACUAAAGUGAAAAAAGUAUUUUCAUCCUUCCAAGGAAAGUAUUGCGCUACACCUUGAUAAAACUAGGGCCCACCAACCCCUCGGCCUACCCUUCCCCUAAACCAAAAUUAACACUUAGUUCUUACUUAGAGCAAAAUGUUGGCUUAAGGGAGGGGUAGGUGGGCAGUUUCACUGAAACGUAAAAUGAUCCAACCUUUUUGCAAGUGAUUGCAGGAUAAGAAGAGAGCAUUUUUGGUAAGUUGCAGUCUCAGACAGAAAUAGUUGGGACACUUGAACCGAAAGGUUGAACUAGGGCAGUGGUAAAAGCAAAGAAAAUAUAAGUCACUACAGCGUAAUAAUUUUAUAGGUGUAUAUGUCCAACAUUAGUUCCUAUUAUUAAUAAUUGACUAUGCGAAAUUGUAUCAACAGCUGGUCCUAUGGAGUUGUUCUGUACGAGAUCUUUACCUUAGGUAUGUUUGUCCUGACUUCGUGCAUCAGAAUGCGCUCGCUCGUCUGAUCCAUCACACUCGAUCUUGGCUCGGCUCCUAGUUAAUUUUGAGGGAUACUUCAAAUAAUUGUUAGUCAUUUUGUUAGGAUUUAUGGACUAGACAGUAUUAAGUCUAUCAAACACUCGCAAUAAAUAUGACACAGUCACACGCGCAUAAAGUUAAAACAGUUAUCAUUCCUGUACGUAGUUCGGUGUCGACGGAUAACACCCCUCGAUCUACAUAAUUAUUCAUAUCACGCUCGGCCUUAUUCAAUAAUUGUCAUUUAUUACAUUAUUUUUCCUGCAGGAGGAACCCCAUAUCCUGAUUGGAAUGAAUGGAAAGUGGUUUAUGAGAUUAAAGUCAAUAAACACCGAAUGAGUCAACCGGAACAUAUCAGUGAUGAGCUGUAAGUACUAAAUAAUAUUUCAAUUCAGUGACCCACCCGAUUUAAGUAGAAUCCAUUUUUAACACUUUAAUAGCAAAUCUUUAAACAUACUACCUACAGUACACAACAAAAUAUUGUAGCCAAUCAAAUAAAUUCUUGGCCGACUAAAAGCUCUCUGAACAGCUGACAAGACCGAUUGAAAAAAACAGUAAAAAAAAUGACACAAACACUGGACCAUUAGCUCUGAAACCAAAGAGCUUAGUGCCAGGAAGAACGAAUGCAAGUUAUUAAAUUCCUUUUGCAAAUUCACUAGAACCUGGUAUUUUUUCCUUCACAAUUUGCAGAUACCAGAUAAUGUUAGAAUGCUGGGACGAGGAUCCCAACAAUCGCCCAACGUUCAAGAGGCUUCAUGAAACGAUAACUGAAUUCCUGCAGGUAGAGGUAAAUGAAGUAACGAUUCUUAUCCCAAGACCGUUUUUGUUUGCUAUUAUCAUUAUUAUUAUUAUUAUUAUUAUCAUUAUUAUUAUUAUUAUUAUUAUAAUUAUUAUUGGGUUUCAGUGGCUAGUGAGAAUGAGCCCUCACUCUCUGUUUAAAUGCCCCAGAUGGCGUGCGUUACAGCUGCUGAGACAAGGAUUUUGACUAAAACACCAUACGGGUACACACAGGGUAACAUAACGAGUAACCCACUGAUACACACGCACACGUUCGGAUACAUACGAAUAACAUACGAAUACAUAUGAGUAACAUACGGAUAAACGCGAGUAACAAAUGGGUCCCUUUACAGAAGAGAAAUGUGUUUUUAGUCAUUAUCGAUUUCUAAAUUAAACUCAGGUACUGUUGUGAGAGCUAAAUAUCUCAGAUCAAGUGAUAUAAGUACCUAGACUAGGUUAAGAAAUUGUCAAUUGGCGUUGGGGCCAGAUCGCGAAUCAUGUAAACACCCCCUCCCCAUCAUCUCCGACAAUUCAGUAUUAAAAAUGACCUAAAUGAACGUUUUGUAGCUGGCUUUUCGAAUAUACAUGAUCGCAUGAGUCAGUCACACCUUAAUUGGAAAAUAGAACAAAAAAACUUUCGGGCUACCUGUCGGUAAUCUGAUUCUGAUUCAUUUAGGUUAGAUGUUUAGAAAUUGUUAAAAACUGUCAGAAAUGAACAUUUGCGUGGUUUACUUUUACGUUUUACGUAUGUUGCCCGUAUGUUACUAGUAGUAUGUAUUCGUAUGUACCCGCAUGUAACCGAGUGUUACUCGUACGUUACCUGUAUGUACACGUGUGGUGUCUUAGUCAAGAUCGACAGGAUUAGCUCCUGGCCUUCACGCGGCCAAAGCUAAACUGACAGGAGAAUGGGCGAAAGACGAGUAGCUGGCUCGUUCAAAACUAGCCGCUCAGGGUACGGCUCCUGCCGGCUCAUCAACCUGAGGAAAAGGAAAACCCUGAUUUCAAACCUGUACCGCCUUGUGGCUAUUUUUCUGCCCCAAGGCAGCGUUCGGGAGUAAACCCCAAGGACAAAUCCCUAGUUGGAGUCCCUUAAAGGCGAUCGGCUGCUGUACUCAGCAAUUCUGGCAACUCCUGCGGCGGCGUUGGAGCCGUGUGUUUUGGCAAAAUUGUUCCAUUCUAUAAUACCGUUUUUUCGUCAUUUGUAGCGUGAACUAAAAUAAAGAGCUCGAAAGCAAUAACUAAAAAUAUUCUAAAUAUACUACACCCAACAAUAUCAAUUUUAGGUAAACACUAAGCUAUUUUGUACAUUUUUUCCCAGCAUUAUCUUGAUCUGGAAAAAUACGAGCCAAGCCUGUACAAAAAUGUGGAGGAAAUUGCUUCUUUGAUGAAUCGGCCUGCACCGGAAGGGGAUGUAAAAAACGUUUUAGCUUAAACAACGUGUCAUACAGAUCUGAUUUUCAAACAAAGACAGCAGACUGCAGGGGAGUAGAAAGAAGUAGAAAGAUCAGCAUUCCCUGUAUAUUCAUAGACAAUAACAGUCACAAUAAGCUUAGCAGAAGGCUCUUACUCAGAACACUCCCCAAAAAGAGUAUGACGAGAAAGAAAAAUGUGAAUUUAUUUUAAUCUGAGAAGAGACAGUUGCUGGGAUCAGGUACAUCCAGGCAAAAGCAAAGCGAAAAGGAAACUCUUUCAGGUGGAAUUCAGUGGCGGAUCCAGGGAGGGGCCCGGGGUCCCGCCCCCCUUAUUUUUAGACAAAACUGAGCGCCCCCCGCCCCUCCUUCCCUCUUAUCUGAAGGUCUUCAUCCGCCACUGGAAUGGUAUUUUCAAAUAUUACGAGCAGGAUAUUAAGCAAUUUAAUUUUUACUGUUGCUGUGUAAUGCGAUUGCCUAGUUUUUCCAGUUACAUUGUCCACAAUCGUGGAUUAAUGCAAAUGUUUUACUGUGACAUUACACAAUUAUGUGUCAUUCGCACUUCCAGAGAAUCAGACCAUAUUAAUACAAACGAAGAACAUUUAGCAAUUACUAAUGGUCGAAAAAUAUAAAGCUGAUAUUAGUAUUAAUUAUUCCAGCUUGUAGUUAAUCCGAUAUUGUCAGCAUAGCUAUUGUCCUUAUAUUGUCCUUUCCACGUUUUUUUUUUUCGAUUUUUGACAUGGAUAAAUUAGGGAAAAUCCAUCAACACUAGUGGAAAGAGCGCCCUUAAAGUUAGUAAAAAUGCCGAGUUUGAAAGUGAUCUGUUGAAAACUAACCGGAAGCUAAUAGCAUCUCAAAUUUUGCAAAGUCGCAAAAAUUCACAGACGUUUGUAUAGUGGUGGUGGUGGUGGUGUCUGUAAAUUUUCGGAACUUUGCGGAGCUAUAUCUUCGCCACUUAAGCUGUAUCACUUUAGAUUUUAUUUGUUCAAAUACCAGGCUAUGGUGAUGGGUUGAAAGUUAAUCCGGAAUUUCGCUGCGAAAAUAACAUCAUUCCAAAUCACGAUGCACUACAUAUGCUUGGACUUACUAUUGGUGAUAUGUUGAAAUUCGAUAAGCAAGUCGCCAAUAUCUGUAGAAAAGUAUGUCAACAAGUUGCAGUUUUAAAGCGCAUUAGAAAUGUACUUCCUUUCGAUAUAAGAAUAUUUACAUGUCAUUUAUUGUACCACAUUUCGAUUGCUGUCCACAAACCUGGCUUUCCUGCAAUAAGAGUUCGGCUGGAAAACUGGAGAAAGUAAAUGAAAGAGCUGUUCGGUUUGUUUUUAGAGACCAACACACUAUCUAUGAAGAAUUUCUUGAGCUUUUAGGUAGAAGAAUCCUGAUGGAGCAGACGAAGACAUAAAUGGAGUAAAAUUCUCUGUUCGGUUUUUAAACUCGUAAAUAAUAAAAUGAACCCGGAGGGCUUGGAUGAGUAAAUCUUAUUAUUACAACAAACAACAUAUGCCUUGAGAGGAAAGGACAUUUUGAAAGUGCCAAAGGUCAACACAACACGCUUUGGACUCAAUUCCUGGCGGUAUCAGGCGCCCAAGAUCUGGAACAACUUACCUUAUGUCGUAAGAGCGUCGCUCGAUUUUAAAACGUUCAUAAAACUGUUAGUAUCGACGAAUCGCCUUUUAAAUCAAUUUUGUAAAUAAUUUUUAAUAGUAUUUUAUGUAUGAUAACUUAAUUUUGAAGGUAAAUAACUUUUAUAGUGUUUUAAUUAUUUUUUCUUCUUUAAUUUUUCAUUAACAGUGGCAUACCUGUGAAUUAGCUGGUGAAGUUUUCUUUUUUAACUAACCCAUGUAGCUAAGAGUAGCUAAGAGCAUUCUCCACUUAAAAUUUUCUCUGGAGACAGUAACGGUGAUUCAAACAGAAAAAAUGAUAUGUUUUGUGCUUAGACAUAGAUGAACACCUGUCAGCAAAUAUGCGAACAGCGGAGGAGAGCAGAUUAGUUCUAGAGGCAGAAUAUAGUGGACAUUCACGAAAAAAAUGCCUAAAUGUCUCGUUGUGGAAACCACAAAAACAAACAUUCAAAUCUGGCAGUUUUACAAAUUUUAAGCCACUCUUUCCAGUGGUGUUGACGGAUUUUUCCCCGACUGGUUUAUGUCAAAAGUUGAAAAAACCGUGAAGGGGAUAGUUAAUUAAUUUAAUUGAUUUGGAUAGUUUAAGAUAAGACUACCUUAAAUAGACAAACUGUCCAAUUUAAGAAAAAUAGGACAGCUUGACUGAAUCAAAUACCAUAACAUAGAACAGGUAAUGUACACUAGCCAACCAGAGCAUUAGUAAGCCAUCUUUGUACAUUUUCAGAACUGUCCUUUGAAUAUUUCGCAGAAUACAAUUUACGACACGGAUCCAAUAUUAUUUGGCCGCUUUAAAAUGUGUUCACGUGUCAGUUUGUGAAGAGCUUAAGCAACGACGACGACGACGGCAACGAGAACGGCAAAAAAGCAAGCGAAACAACAACUUUGCACGUGCAUCACGCCUUUUUGUACAUUUCUUUGCCGUCAAUGCACUACUACAACGUGAAAGUGCCUAAUUGCACGUUUUGUCGAACACACGACAACAACUUUCUUUUUCUUUUCCUGAACUCUGAUACAGUCCUUUGAAUUCAACUCCAAAAAAGUGCCAACAUUUGUUAAAUUAAACGAGAUGGAAAAAGCGUGAUAAAGUUUGAGGCAGCGCGAACUCACUAGCUUUUUAAGUAACGUUUUCGUAGCCGUGGCCGACCUUGCAGCUUAAGCCUCCUUUAAAUGCUGGACGAGUACUUAAUCUUAUCUUGUAUUUUAAUAUGAUCUAGCUUAAGCGAAGGCACGCGUCUUUUUAUGAAAAAAAAAAGGAGGACAAAAGCAAACAAACAAAAAAAAAAAACUUUUAAGCUUUCGAGAGCGUUUGUUUUGGGUAGGAAAUGAGAUUGUCAGAAAAAUGUGAUGAAUUCGUCUUCUAUGUCAAAUUAGCUCUCGACCUAGACAAAUGACGCGUACAUUAAGAAAAAAAAACGCAUUUAUAAUUCUUGAAAAGUUAAAAUUUGACAAGUGUCUUAAAAUUCUGCGGCUGAAAAUCUAGCUGUUGUUUUCUGGGGAAACAAAUUUUAACAAAAAGCCGAGAAUGUUAUCUUGAAAAAAAAAAUCGGGUCUCGCAGUUGAUAAAUAUUAGAUUAAGCAUUGUGUACCUUUUAAAGCCGUCGUAACGCAGUUUACUUAACAGCGACAAAUUAAUUUUUUCUUUUGAAUAAAAGCUUUACCUGCAUCACAUUAUUUAAAAGCUUAUACAUCCAAGGACUAUUAAAAAAGUAUCAGACAAUACAUCAAGCUAAUGCAGGCAGAAACGUUGAACAAGCUUGAUUACUGAACUGACGUUGGAAAAGAGAUGGCUUUAGGCCAUUCCGUUUCUCCUGCGAUGCUUGCUUACGGAUUUUUGUUCAUUGUAAUCUGGUCUUUCACAAAAAAGCAAUGUCUGGGAAAAGAAGGUAAGUAUAGUACAAUUUUAUUCCCUUAAUAUGCGACUGAAACUUAAUUAAGCUUUUUCUGAUAUAUCUUAAUUCGGCCUGUUGGUCAAUCACUCAUGAUCAGUUCGAAGAAAAAUCUUGAUGAGACUUGGGUAUCAUAGGUAAAGUAUGCCAUACGCUGAUGAAAAUUGCAAAAUAACAAAAAGAUACAAGAUUUUCUGGCUACACAGUGCCUUUCCCGAGGUAAACGAAACGAAAAAGCCACACCUCCUUUCACGAGCUGUCAAUAAAUAAUCAAUCGGUUUUUAAUUUCGUUCGUGCGCCCGAUGCCGCCUUCUAAGAGAAAAUAGAAGGUCUCUGUGAACAGAUCAGAUGGGCUUAGGUUGGGUUCUUUAACCCUUAUGUGUGUGUCAGGUGAUUUUUCUUACGAAAAACAAAUUAUAUCUGAUAGAUCGCUCAGCUGUUAGUUAAAAGACUUGGAUGGCUUGGAAUCGCCAACAACAUUUGUGCGGUGAAAUGUCACUCUCUUCCAUUUCUUUUCGUUCUAAAUAUUCUCAUUGUUUGCCAUUUUUGUUAUUUUUGAGUUUCUUACAACCUUUUGGAAUUUAAAACUAAAUGUAAAGCCCAGUUUUAUCAGAUUUAAAGACGAUCAUUAAACAUUAAUUUCCUUUGUGUUUUUGUUAAUUAUUAUUAUAACAAGAUUUGUUCAAAACGUUAAAAAUACCGCACCAGAAUAGCUGCUGCUCAAUAGUAAGUCAUUUGGAUUUUCGAAGAUUUUUCAGUCUUUGCAAUGCAUGCCCCUAAUUUUCUAACGCCUUAUUUUCAAAGUGAUGAAAUUUUGAGUGUCAAGUUUUAAUUAAAAAAAAAAAAAUUAAAAUCGGGAUCUAAUAUCAGCCGGAUACCUCUUGUCAUUGCGAAGAACGACGCAUUUUAUGUUAUUGUGAUUUUCGAUGCACUUUUGUUAUAUAAGGCACAUCUUGUAAACACUACCAACAAUUAAUUACGACUUCUGGUUCGACAGCGGUUUUCUAGCUACUAAUAAUAUAACAGUGGUUGAAGGCUUGUCUUGAAAACGUUUUAAAAACGUUUUCAUUUCAACACUACGAUUUAAUAAUUUUCGACCUCCAGGCAUACAAGGGGCCGGUGUUUGCCUAAAACAGUCCCAAACCCCUUGUAACUUAAUCGAAAAACGUUAAAAUCGUCUUUUGCCGAUUUUUUUCAUCCAGAUUGGCAUUUUAUGGCCAGAUUGAGUUGUUUUAUGCUCAAAAGUGAAUUUUCUUAAAAAACUUGGUACUCUGCUUAUUCGGAAAACCUAAAAAUCGUCUUUUGUUGAUUUUUUUCACCCCAACUGGCAUUUUAUGGCCAAAUUUAAUUGUUUUAUGCUCAAAAGUGGAUUUUCGUAAAAAAAAAAUUCGUACUUUGCUUAACCCAUUCGCUACUGGGAAUUUCGCCGAAAAUCGCGUUUAGUGAAGCUAGUAGAGUCGUUUUCUGGUCACUGUCUAUCUAUAAAGAGCUAAAAUUUACCACAAAACCGUUCAUAAGUCAUGCACUAUCCAAAUGCUGAAUAUUAUCUUCAGGCAUGCGCGGAAGGCAAAUUUCCGCUUUCUGUCCUCCCUUCUUCUUUCGCUUUUUUCCCCUCAUUAUUUGUUUCUUUUGCUGAGCAUUAACAGGCUUCAUUUCGGUGGGAAAAGUGUUUGGGAAAGCUUUUAGGAUCUUAGGAUUUGAUGAAAGGAAAGGUAAGUAAACUAGGUGGGUCGUGGAACAAGAUAUUUAUGGGAAUUUUCAGGUCAAUGUUGCAUGGUUUCUUGCCUUUUCUCCUGCCUACUUGACCAGAACAUGUUCAUUCUGGUAUGGUUUGAAAGAUCUCUUCACCCUGCACAAGUUAGCUCAUAAGGUUGUCCUUGAACCGUAAAACUGAUCACAUCAAAAGCGGUAGAAGGGAGUUGGAUUCUCACGGGCGGUUACGGGCGGUUCAGGGAAGAAUGGGUUAAAGAGUUGUUUGAACCGGCUUUCAAGCCUUUUCUGAAAAAAAUACAAGUUUUUUUGAGAGUUUCCAGUCAGAAAGUGUAUCAUCUAAGAGAAAUUAAGACAUUUAAGGCUCUGGUAUGAAUUAACAUUUAAUCUAUCUGUACUAUUAUUGACAAUAAAAUAACUAAAUUUUCGGUACAAUCAAAGAUGGUAGGGACGUCAAAACUCGCCUAUUAACCUGAUAACAGUUGCUUUCGGGAAUUGUCGCUCUGAAUACCAUUUGGCAUUUAUAACUGAAUUAGCUCUGAUUCUGAACAUUUUAGCGCUACAGCCCGACCACAACAAGCUUCUUUGCGUUCGCUGUCAGGAGAAUGCCACCUAAAUUGAACGCGCGAGAGGCCUGCCUACGAUUUUUUUUAGCAGAAAGAAACUCAAUUUUAAGAAGUUUGGGUCAAGUACCGGAGACGGACAUACGGGAUUCUUGUGGUUGCAGUCAAAUGAGUUGUCCUGUUUAUGACUGCUAAUUUUUAGUGCUCAUCUAAUACCAGCUCAAAUAGGCCAUUUAUACGAUGGCGUCAUUUUCCUUCUAUUACCAGAAUCUUUCAGGAUUUUGAUUUCUUGUACAAAUUAGGGUUUUGUUAUUUGAACCUCGAUGGGGUUACCAAAUUUAAUAUGAAAGAAAAAACGAAAUGAAUUCUGGCCUUAGUAGUAAAAAGACGUCAUCAUGCAAAUGGGAUAUUAAACAUGACGCCUUUAAUCGGCGACAUUGAGCUGCAGUGGUAUAAUAUUUAGUUAGUCCUAUCCCGAGAAAUAGAGAGACAGAGAUAGAGAUGGACGUAUAUAUGUAGAUCAGUUAGAGGGAGUUCUCUUGACCGUAUAGUCCAGUUUGGAAGGCGUCGAGGCUGCUGAAUAGAAGCACUAAAGACUCACUUAUACAGGGUUAGCCUCGACCUAAAGUAAAUUAUUCAUAAAUAUCAAAGAGGAGGUGCCUGAAUUUGAGUUUGAAACAAUGGACACAGUUGAACACAGGUCUUCUUCUGACUGAAAUUUGUCAAUAUACUUACCUUAGGUCGAGGCUAACCCUGUAUAAAUGGGUCUUCAAUGCUUCUAUUCAGCUGCCGCGACGAAUUCGAAUCUGGACCAUACCGGAAUAAGGAUAAUGGACUAAACCUAAAAAUCCCUCCUCUUGGCCUCCAUUGCAUGGUACUGAAUCCAGAAAUGUUGCCUCGGUUGUUUUUCGGGUGUAAUUAUGGGAAAAAUAACUUCACCCAAGAAUGUAGUUUUCGUUCCAAGUCUGUCAUUUUGCUUGUUUAUCGGGAAAUCCCGUCAAAAGUCAAAUGAGCAUUAAGACACGCAAUGCCUUAUGGGUGAUCCAUCCGCCAUUUUGUCUUUUUUCGACGUAGAAAGCUCAUUUUAUAAUUGGACAUGCCACAGGCAGCCUAAUAAUACGACUUGAGCUACUAUACAGUCCUUUAAAGUCUACCAUUUGAUUCUCUCUUCAUGUUUGUUACAGUUGAGACGACCUUGGGCACAAUACCCAAAAAGGAAGUAAAUUGGACAAGAGUCAUCAUCAAAACAAAAAAACGCACAUAUGAUGUUGGAGAUACGCUGGACCUAGAUUGUAAAGUUAAGGAAACGAGCAAGCCCAUUUUUGCACAGUGGAUAAAACAUGCCGGAGACAUUGUCCUCGAAAAUAAAACGAUUCCACCUGCCACCGAUGAUUUUAAACCUCAGGAAUACCAUCGUCUCCGCCACAAAAUCAAUAAGGUUUCCCUCGAUCAAACAGGAACAUAUAUUUGUCAAGCUAAAAUUUCAACAAAUUCCUCACAACCCGUCAAGGCCUAUUAUACCUUAAGAGUCAGAGGUAAUCAUCAUCAUCAUCAUCAUCAUUAUUAUUGUUAUUAUUAUUAUUAUUAUUAUUAUUAUUAUUAUUAUCAUUAUUAUUAUUAUUAUUAUCAUUAUUAUUAUAACUAUUAAUAUUGUUGUAGUUGUUAUCAUUAUUAUUGUUUUGAUGUCUCUCACCUGUAGCUGGCCUUGUUUCGGCACGAAACUUGGCUAUCCAAUAUAGUGUGAGCAAAUCCUCAGACUCCGUUUAGACGGGUAAGGAAAAGUUAUUGAACGGACGAAUUUUUUUGUGCAACCCCUUUACACGGAACCGUGCAAAUUAUAUUACAGUACUGUUUACACGAGUCCGUACAAUUUUUUCUGUCGGUGACAGCACUGGAAUGGCUUAUUUCAUCAAAGCCGGGUAACUAGGCUCUAAGCUUUUACCGCGCAAACUGUGCAAAAACUCGCACUGUUCAGGUGUUUAAAAGAGUCCGCCGAGUGGAGUGGUCUCUAACAAAAAUAGAACAUUACAUAGCCGCUUAGGGAUACGAAAUUUCUCUUUUCGCGUUGAAAAAAGAAAUUUUACACAUGCACGUUUUCUGCGCUCUGUGGUGAAAAAUUUGUUCGACCCUCGAAGAGAAAUUUCCUGUCUCGGCGUUGCCAGGAGCUCAAGUGGGAAGGCGUUUUUGAGCAAAGUGGGUCAACCGGAAGGAAUAUGCGUUGACGCUAUUGAAUUUGUGUUGCGUUGUCCCGUUUUCUUAAAGUGACUAUUUACCCAAAAAUUUGCCGCAAAACCACUGUCCAAGGAUGCAAAAAGCCCACUUUCGGUUGAUGUGCGUGGCUUAAAACGUAACUAUUUGCCUUAGCCUGCGAGCAAGCUCUGCUGGGGCUCCCGGGUGUACGGUCGGGGGCAGGGAAGCUCCCCAGGAGAACUCCAAGAGAGCUUGCUCGCAGGUUAUAUUUGCUUAAGCUCCCUGUUCCCUUGACUAUUCACCGUACAGCGUAGAACUGACAAUGAAACUGUAGUUGAUAUAAUUUUUUUCCUUUUUGUAUGCAUAAUUAGCAAAGCCUCCGAAGACACAAUCUGUCACAUCAAGCGACAGCAACAGCACAGCAUUAGUGGCGUCUGUGAGUGUUCUGUCGGCCCUUCUAUUCCUGAUGACUGGGAUUUGCUUAGUUUAUCAAAGAAGGCGUUUUGUAGGUAUGUGAUUUUAAACAGAACAAAAUUGCACAAUUAAGACCGAGUGUUGGGGGCUUCAGAAGCCCCUGUCUAAAACUUUUAAAAUAAUGUACACGAUAUUUUCUCAUCAUACUGGCUUCUUCCUAAUUUGGUAUUCCUAUUUGAGGUUAAUGACCGCAGUACAUUGAUUGAUAAUUCCUUGUUUAAAAUACAUUUUAAGGCUUUUAUUUACGAAGUGUUGCACAAGUGAUUUUUAGGUACGUUAAUGUCUUUAUUCUUAUGAAAAACUCAAUUAAUUUAUAGUUUUGAAUUGCUUGUUUAUUUUCCAGCACAAAGAAAUGAAUUUUUACAAAGAAUGGAAAGAAAUCUUGAAAGGUAAUUUUUUAAAAUUAAAGAAGGCCAUAACUUAAAAAUUUAGUAGAACUUAAAUUCACAUCUAUAUCAUUAUGACAUCAACCAUCAUUAAAGCAUGGUACAUUACUAAUAAUGGAGGGCAUCUCUUUUGCCAUCUUCAUGACCAUUAUCGCUCGUUUGAACUCUCACUUAGUACCAAACAUUAUCUAGGCACCUCGCCUGUUUCCUGACAAAGCCGUGACAAACUGAACCACUUACAACCGCGCAGAAGCAACUUAUUGCACAGCACUUUGCUUUUGAUGAUCUGAGAUCCUUACUGGAUUUAUAUUUUUUAGAAACCGUUCAAAUUCAGGGUAAAUUAUUGCUAAAACUUGUUGACAACAGAGACCUUCAAGAUUCGAAGACGAAUACAAGAAAUACGAGAUUUUCUCAGUACUAUUAAAGCCGUGUGCGGGAGUUUCGCUGGAAAUCGUGAUAGCCGUCGUCCGUCUUACUACGUGCUUUAGGGAAAGGGCUUAACCUCCUAAAAUAACGCUGGUGAAUUUCCUGGCAAAAAAAAGUAAAAUUAAGCUUUUGAGGUUGAUACUUUUUUUGGAUGAAAACGGCGAAGAAAACUAACUUUAAGUCAAAUCUCCUCCUCUUGGUCGACCGUCCUCGUCUUCGAAUCUAAGGUCUCUCUUCUUUUUUUGCUUAUAAUUUUUUGUUUUCAGUGAAGAUUGUGACGGUGAGUGUGAUCCCAGAUACCUUUCAGUCUCAGCUACAUGUUGGGAAGUGGCGCCAAAACAAGUCGACUUACAACACACUCUCGGAAGCGGUUCUUUCGGUGAAGUAUGGAAAGCUGUUGUCAGUGGAUUGAAGGGGGUUGCUGGCGAGACAACAGUUGCAGUUAAAAAGUUGAAACGUAAGAGCUUCCACAACAGAAUGUUCUUUUUCUAAAGUUUCAAUUUCACGGUACUGACAGUCAAACCUCAGGCCGCGUUAUAUGGAGAAAAGUUUCCCCGGAUAAAAGAGUCAACCACCAAGACCAGUCAACUUCAGCGAGUGUUUUCACAUAACGUCACGGAGAACAUAUUGGUGUAGACUACGAGUAGUCCCCAUUUUUCCUCAGGGAUAUAGUAAAGCGAGGGAAACGUACUGUAAUUUUGGCGUCCCAAAACAAUGAAACGGCGGCCAUGCUGGUGUCCUAAACCAGUCCUUUGGGAGUUGAACUCUUUUCUUAUGCAAACGCUUUCUUUUGUUCCAAUAAAUUUUCAUAGCUGCUGGCCGCGUGACUGAAAACGCUCUACAUCGCUCGCGCAUGCUCUUUUUGUCUCUCCAUGACCGAGUUGACUCUGCAGGACGAGCCAAAGCAUUUAUAUGGAGAAAGGUUGGCCUGGCUAAGAGGGUGACCCUUCCAUCACAAAAAGGUGACCCAGCUUAAGGCGGGUCAUCCUUUUAGCCGAGCCAACAUUGGCCAUUUUUAUUGUACUAAGGACGCAUUUUCCAUCUAGACCAAGUUGGGUAAACAUUUGCAUUUCGCGGUCUGGUUAUGCGUCUGGACAAACUUUCCUUCGAAAUACGUCUUGAACGGCGCACUACGAAAGAUAGUUCGUCUGUUGCAUAAUGCAUAUUGUGCCUGUCUUUAUUCCAGAGACGCAUAACCAGACGAACUACAAAAUAUUUGACCAAGUUAUGUUUUUCAUGUAUUGCUUUGCCACGUUUUGCAAGGAAGAGUAUGAAAUGUUGCCUCACCUAGGGUAGCUUGGGUAGGGGAGUGACCCUUCUACCCAGAACAACUUUUCUCCAUAUAAAUGGGGCUUCAAACAGACUCACUGACCAGGCCCAAGUUGUUCCAUAGGUGGAUAGCGCUAUCCAUCGGAUAAAUCGCUAUUCAGUGGAUAGUGCAAUUGGUUUCCCUAACACUUAUCCACUAGACAGUGACUUAUCCGAUGGAUAGCGCUAUCCAGCGUUUGAACAACCCGGGCCAGGUGAAUAACACUAUGCACUGGAUGAAUCUCUAUCCACUGGAUAGCGCAAUUGGUUUCCCUAAUACUUAUCCACUGGAUAGUAGUUUUUCCGAUGGAUAGCGCUAUCCAGCUUUUCAACAACUGGGGCCUGAAAGACAGGAAAAUUACAGAGCUGUACUACCCGUUUAGCAGAGGUGUCCGUGUUAUAGGGCUAUUAAUCGUACUGAGUUUGUUAUAGUAAGGAAUAUCAGAACUGUCGGUAAUUGGUAAUAGAGAGGUGUUCGUCUGUGUACAAAGCAAUUGCAGCGUCGGCGAGAGCACCAGGCAAUGCAAAAGGUAAGAUCAAGAACGGAAAAUACACGAAGGCAGAUCGAAACAACUGAUUUAUGUUCAGGCAACAAUAAUGCACAACACAGCUGAUAAGGCAUAGUCUUACUUUGGUUCCUUAUGGACACCUCUCUAUGAUUACAGUUCAGAGAUACCAAACUUCAAGCCAUUCCUUUUUUGACCUCUAUAAUAACACUAUGCCCUGUCCCGCUUCGUGUCCAUAAGAAUCCUUUAAACCCCUAUUUCAACAAGCAUUUUCUCCACACUGUUUUUCAUUCAUUUUCUGUUAAUGAUUAGAAGAAAUUUUUUAACAAUCAUGACCUUGUUGAUUAUUUCCUUUUUCUGACAUGUUGGUCAUUCUAAAUGGGUGAUUGAGGGUUCAGGAGGUUUGACUGUAUUUUGAACCUUCGCAGGAAACUGUUCGGACGUUGAAAAGAAGUCACUAGCGCAGGAAAUUGAGCUGGGCAAAUCUUUAGAUGGGAACAAACACCCAAAUAUUGUCAACUUCCUGGGAUGCGUGUCCACGUCAGGUAACGCAUUUUGUGUAUUUUGACUAUAAACAAACUGUGUCCCAGCAAUUGAGCUCCCAGGAGGAUGACGACGGAGUUUCUCUUUUUUGGGAAAUUAUAGAAAGCACCGGGCAACUGCUAAAAGGAUUGGGAGCGUAAACAACCAAAAAAUAAAAGAAUCAAGUAAAAAGUCUUGAACGUACAGCUUACUCAGACAGGAUGUUUGCUCCGAUCUCCGCAUAACCAGGUACAUUUGCGUGUCGUCAGCAAAUAUCGUAGACUGCAUGUGUGAUGAUACUCCCUUCAGUGGGCGCAAUGAAGAGGGAAAACAACAACGGGCCUUAAACCGAACCCUGAGGAACACCAUAGUCUAAGUAAGCCGGACUAAUGUCAACAUCUUUGAUGCAAAUUGACUGCCAACGAUUAGCCAGAUACGAUUCAAUGUAUGCCAGGGCAGAACUCUUCAACCCAAAACGGGUGUACAAUCUUUUGAUCGGGACAGCAUGGUCGAUAGUGUCGAAAGUAGACGAUAAGUCAAGCAAUACCAGGACAUCAUCACCGUCAUUAUCAAGGGCCAAAAUUAUGUCAUUAGAAACACGCAACAAGGCAGUUUAAGUAACAGAAGCAUGAUCAGAGGUCAUUUUGAAGGAUAACGUAACCAAGAAAUAAAUUCUCACCACAGCUUGUAAUGCUGGGAAAAUUCAGCCUCGGGGUUACACGCUUCCAUGUGGAAGUUGAAAUCGCCACAAAUUAGACAGCUUGUAUUUGAAAUGGGUAGAUCUUCAAUAAGCCUACUGAAAUCAUCGAAGAACAUAGACGAGUUCAAUUUGUCUUUGGUUGAUAGAGGUGGUCGAUAGAUAGUACUGGUAGUUAAGUAGUUAAUUUAUAAAGAGGUAUAUAUAGAGAGAGUAUCUCAUUUGUAUGCUUAACUUAUGCUUCACCAACUUUGGAUAACUUUUCUUGUUUCUAGCUCCUAUGAUGUUAAUCUUGGAAUAUGUACCAUACGGGGAUUUGCUAGGCUAUUUAAGAAAAAGCCGAGGAAUGGAAGAUAAGUACUACACGUGCCCAGAGAGCUGCCAACAGGAAGUGACGUCAUACGAUUUGCUUUCAUUUGCGCAGCAGAUUGCUUCGGGAAUGAGCUUUCUGGCUUCUAAAAAGGUUAAUGCCUCUCAGUUUCUUUCUUUGUUCAUGUUUUUGGGAUUAUAAAGAAUGUAUCUUCCUCAUUUACUCACUAGGCGCAAUAUUUGCCAAUUGUCACAAAUUUUUCUAUUCAAGACACAGGAAGCAAUUGACGUGGGUAGGAGUAAGGCAUUGCAAUAGGGAAGUUAUGUGCCCGGAAAGGAAAAAAAAUUAUUUAUUGGGACAAAGGUGAAUAUUAUCUAAACAAAAAAAGAGGCGUCGACUUAAGACAGAACCCUGUGGGAUACGAAUGGAAAAAGUAAUCUUGGUUGAUAUAGAGCCAGGUUAACAUGACUUUCCUUGCAGUAGCUCAGGGUUUGAGCCAUGGAAAGCCAUGUUUCAAUUCUCUCGGAGAAUCCCAUUUUUUUGUCCUACUCUCGCGACAUUACGAUUAUUGCCUUAAGUUUUCCUUAUGUGCCUCUCAUGAAGCUUUUUUUUUAUCAUCCGCGAAAGACAAUACGGAUUACUUCUGCAAUGUUUUAAGGUUGUGUUUCAUCUAGCCAAAGGAAAGGUUCUAAUAAAUUUGCCUAUUCUUUCUAGUCGAGGCCUACUAACAUGAUUUACACUGUUAUCAUGCGACAGUUCUCUUGGCCAAAAAGAUACAAAACCUAAAGUUUAUACUCUCCCAAACUCUAUAUUAUGGAUAACUCUGAUUUACGACUUUUGCUUUGACUUUUUGGUGUUUGUUGUCUAUAUCUGGUAAUAAUGAAGAUGAUGACGAUGAUGAUGGUAACAAUAAUGAUCAUUUUUGAUACUGUUGCUAGAUCCUUCACCGAGACCUUGCAGCUCGCAAUGUUUUAGUAGGCGUGGGAAGGAUCUGUAAAAUCACAGACUUUGGACUGGCUCUCAUAAGAGACAAAUAUCAGUAUCUUUACUGCACUGCAAUACGAAAGGUAAUUAUCAAAGCACCGCUAUGUACAGUUUUACUUUGGCCGUGCAGCCUCUUCCGGGGAGUUACUGCUGGAAACUUUUGGUGGGGUUGCGGCCUGCUUCGUGAGCCAAACCCUAUUCAACUUGAGAUGAAAUUUAUUUAUUGUUUUGCUCUAUUCUAUUUCAGGCCUGUACCGAAAUUGAAAUUGCAUCCCUAUUUCAUACCACUUUUUCGCACGAUACACACUCGGCUGAUACGUGUUUCAAGUUUCCAGAAAAUGCUUUACUUUGAGUCACCAGAGAUUUGGAGGCGGGUUUUCAACUCCAAGAUUCUAUUCAAAAUUCCUUAAUUAAGAAACUAAUUAUAACAAAAAGUGACAACAAUAGCAACUGUACUAUGUCCACUUAUUUUUCCACCCAGAGGGUACAAGUCUUACUCUUUUUCAGACCUUUAAGAUCAGACCAGAAGGGUUUAACAACUGAAGCAGUCUCUAAAUAUGACAUACACUACAGAGGAUGGAAAACCUUUAAAAGUGUGUAUAUGGACUGUCCCAAAGGGUGGCAUUUAAUGUUUUUCCAGUUAAUAACUGUUGAGCUUUAACGUCAUUUGGUUUCAAACGUGACAGGGAAGACUUCCAAUCAAAUGGACUGCUCCUGAACAUUUGUUUAAUGACGCACAGGACAAGGACGUGAGAGUAUCAGAAAAAAGCGACGUGUAAGUUUUAGCCUGUUGAUACUCAUUGUCAGAGAUCAACAAAAAGAUUUAACUUUUUAAAAUUUCAGGGUGAAAUAUGAUGAAAACACUUUUUGUACUGCCUUCUUUAAAAACAAACAAACAACACAAGAACAAUAUUACGCUAAUAUUUUCAAAUAAUUGUGAGGUGAAAACGUGUUUUCAUCGUUCCAGAAAAAAAUCUGAAAGCGCAACAAAAUCUCUUUGCAAGAGUUUGUCAGAAGAUAGAGGAGUAGAGUUUAAGCUAGUUAAUAUAAAAUCUAUCUUCUCUUCAAAUCUUGUUAUAACUUGGCACUUGGACAGCGAUAAUAGCAAAGAAAGUAUAAUUAUAGUAGUGUAGGAAUGCGUGUCCAACAUAAGUUCUUAUUAUUAAUGAAUGAUUAUGCAAAAUUAUAUCAACAGCUGGUCUUAUGGAGUUGUUCUGUACGAGAUCUUUACCUUAGGUAUGUAUCUCGCUAGCCAUUAUCUUGGCACAUAGUUUUGAGUUAUACUGGCAAUAACUGUUUGUGACUUUGUUAGAAUUUUGAAGGUGUUGGAAUUAAUACCUCUAUCAAAUUAUUAUGACGUCAAAUUUGACACAUGCGUACUAUGAGCUUCCCAACUCCACAAAAACUAGCAAUCUUCUCUGCAUCAGGACAGAAAUUUAAAACUAUAUAGUUCGGCUCCUUCCCGGUCUGCAUAAUUUUUCAUAUCAUAACCAGGCCUCUCUAACAAUCACUAAUUAUUAUUUUACCCUUUUUUUCCUCUAGGAGGAACCCCAUAUCCUGAUUGGAAUGAAUGGAAAGUGGUUUACGAGAUUAAAGUCAAUAAACACCGCAUGAGUCAGCCAGAACAUAUCAGUGAUGAGCUGUAAGAAAACAAGAAUUUCUGUAUAGCAAUAAUGGUUCGGCUUUCGAACGAUAUGAAGAAUUAUGGAGAUUGCAGAGGGAAGGAGGGUCACUUAUCCGACGUGGCCGAGGACAGAGGCGGAUAACACUCUCCGAGAUCUGCACAAUUCUUCCUAUCAUAAGAAAGCCUAGUUCAUUAACUGUUUUAUUAUUCACUCAACUAUUUCAGACGUAAAUUAAAACUUGCCUACCUCGAUCUACGUAAAGUUCCCGUCUUCAUACUAUUUGCCUGCUCUUCGACAGUUUCACUUUAAACAAAAGUUGUCGUCUGUCAAGUGAUAUUUUCUUAAUAGGUAAGGUAAAGAGGUGAAGGGCGCGCCACACGAGCAAAAGACCGAAACGGCCGGAGUUUAUACCGGUUUCCUUAGCGUGAAGCAUGCCUAGGAACAUUGCUACUCGCCCCCCGGACAGGAUGCUAGCCUAUCGCAGUGUUACCUCCCAGCAGUAUUUCGCCGGUACCCAUUUAUACACCUGGGUGAAUCGAGGCAAAGUGGAGUAGAGUUCCUUGUCUAAGGAAACAACACGACGGGCGAGGCUUGAACUCCAGAUCUCCAGAUCCGCUGUCCGAGGUGUUAACCGCUCGGCCACAAACGCUUCCAUAUUUUCUUAAUACUUGUCAUGAUUUUAGCUUUAAGUUUGGCCAUUUUUCUUUUCAAAACGUGAAAUCUUCAGCUCAAAUAAAAACAGCUGAGAUACCGCGCACUCUAUUGUCCCUUUUUGACGAUUAUCAGCACAAUUGGCGUCCAUUGUAUUGAUAUCGGCUAAAGUGAUUUGUACUUAUUGCACAAAACAAAAUAUCAACCAAUCAAAUAAAUUUCGUUCUGCAAAACUCACCAGAGUCCGAAAUUUUUUUUCUUCUCAAUUUGCAGAUACCAGAUAAUGUUAGAAUGCUGGGACGAGGAUCCCAACAAUCGCCCAACAUUUGAAAGGCUUCAUGAAACGAUAACUGGAUUCCUUAAGGAAGAGGUAAAUAUUUCCAUUCUUUCAUUCUUGAUAAUCUAUCUUGCUAUUAACCUGAAUAGGUCAUCACGUGCUACCUUCUGGACUAGUCGAUCUAGUUUUCUCUCGUCAAACUGUUUUUUUCAAUUGCCAGCAUCCGUUUAUUGAUAAAACGAUGGUCGUUAAUACGCCCGCUGAACCAAAAGCACGGGUAUUAGUUCUGGGUUAGGAAUAUGCCAUUCAUGCUCAACAAAGAUCGCACUCGAUUCAUUCAGAGUCUUUCUCGAGUACGCUAAAAUCAAGCAAGCGAAGAAAGACUCUACUGGCAGGGUGGCUAUUAUUGUCGUUUACUUGUAAUAUUAGUUACAUCUCGCUCGAAUGGCUGUUGAUUUGCAGUAUUAACUCUGUGAUUCGUUUUGAACAAGAUGCAAAUGGUUAGCGAAAAUCAUCGGCGAGAUUGUUUCUAAUCAUUCUCUGCUUUUUACAUGUAUUUCACCCUUUGUAGCUAAAACCAAUAUGAUAUGGUCGCAAAGAAUUAAAACUAAUAUUUAAUUAACAACAAUACAAAUUACAGAUAGCACGUUUUACGAUACCUAAAAGCUAUUUUUUCGCAUUAUUGUUUUAGCAUUAUGUUGAUCUGGACAAGUACGAACCAAGCUUGUACACAAAUGUGCAAGAAAUGCCUUCUAUCACGACUCAGCCUGCACGGCAAGAAGAUGCAGAAAACGUUCUUGAAAAGAUAGAUAAAGAUUCAAGAGUUUCUGCAAACAAAGAAUUUAAACUGUAG